AGGGGAUACUAAGUACAAUAAGUAGAGCACUUCACUACAAAUAAGUAGAGUACUUCACCACACCUUGCGUUUGAUCAGAUUGUGUGCGAAGACAAUCAUAUUCAGCAAUAACGACAACAUGAUUCACGUUACCGCGCUGGAAUAGUCGUUUCGUUUUUUCUUUUGCUUUCGUCGUACGAGAUGGUCCAACAUGUUUGCUUGUGCUGAUAUCGUCUGCCUGAGCUUAUUGUAGAACCAGACCACGCCAUCGACAACUGACAACGCAGCUACGAGACGGCAAUUUCUGGAAAAAUUGGGAAAAAGUGACGACGAUGGUGCCAGCAGGAGGAACACUGGUGGGACGAUCAGGCACAACGAGUCGUGGCACGACACGUGGAAAUAUUCAACACGAGAGCGACCACAUAGCGACAGGUCGCGCAGUUUCUCGCUGCAGAGGGCGAGAGGAGGAAGUCUGGAGGGGUACUGCUCGACCGUUGUAUCGUUCCCGCCUAGAAAUGCAGCAACGCAGACCUGACCCCGCUCUUGCUCUAGACUCUGUUUCUGAGAACCAGCAGAUGACAUGGACGAGCGGGAGCUGCCAAAACGAUAAUUCCACAGAGCGUUAUCCGGACGUAAGGGGGCACCGGCGCUGUAACAGCAGAAAUUUCUUCAUCCCCAUCCCCACUUCUGUGCCAUCGCGGCGCAGGUCUAGGUGGUGUAGUGCCAGUGCGCGUGACGGCGUAACAAGUCGGAAAAGAAGAUUUCGGAGCUGGUGCGAACGCCGGCCAAAGAGGAGAUCUUGUCAUCUUCGGGGUGGUCAAGAUCAUUGCUUGAGCGGAACGUCAAGGAGACCGGCUGAAAGAGUUGCAACAAGGACUCAGAAAGACGUCACGGAAGAGGCCUACGGCAACCCUAUGUCGACCACCAGAGGAGAUAGCACAAGUAGAAAGUCAACAGCAACCACGACCACAAAAAUGUCCUUGAAAAUGGCAGCAAGGAGGAAAAUACGUGGGAGCUGCUGCGCUGGCGCCACAAGAAGCAGCUUCGGCACGAGAAGUAAGAAGUACUUCGUGCGCAACACAAGAUCUCCUGUGACGUGUCCCUUGCGCGGUCCCGGCGCCACGAUGUCUGCUUUCAGCGUGAAGAGUUGUUUGACCCGCAUCCUGCUGUUGACCCUGUCCAGCCACGCAUCGCGCAAUCGCGAUACCAACACGGCCGAGCGCACCGCGCUGAAGCACCCCUGUAGCCGCCCGCUGUCGCGCCGGGUGCGCACGGAAAUUGAAAAGCAAAUUUUGCAGGUACCUAUGAUAGAAAAGAACGUCGUAGUUUCUCUUGUUAUCAUCUACGCGGGGGGCAGAGUCGUGCUCGUGCUGAAGAAGAAGAACCCACUUGGGGUUGUAUGAAAAUUCCGUACGAACAACCACAGGAAUCAAGUCGUUCAUUGUGCAUCUGCAAUUGCUACAGAGCCUCGUAUUUUUUCAUCACCACAUGCGUACAAAAAAAACAACACUCCACAGCCCGGGCUGCAACUGGGCUACACCUUUCCCGCCUCGUGUCCUUUCCUCGCUACGAACGAUCUCUACGCCGAGCAGGAGUUGCGUAAACGCCGCACCCGCGGCGGCGGCCACGCGCCCUACGCAAACUGGGAGUGCCUGAUCUGCGGCAAGAAAUUCCGGUCGGAGCACUACAUGGACCUGCACUUGGAAACGGUCCAUUUCGACCUGUACGGAAAUUACACGAAGCCCAUGGUCGGCGCCGCCAGUGCUACUUCCGGAACCCUGACGUCAAGCAGGAGCUCCUCCGCCAGUAUUGCGUCGUCAGCACAAGAAAAAAAUAAACUGGAAGAUGCUGCAACAUCAAAAGCGAACCCGACAAAUAAAACCUACGCGGCGAACGGUGCGCUGCUCGAAGGAGAAAGCGAGCAGCCGCAGAGCAACAACGACAAUGACUCCGUGGUGUUCGCGUCGAGAAAUAAGGCGUGCAGUGCGGAUAUGAAUCGCAAAAGUAUCGUACUCGUAUAAAUUUUUAAAAAUAGCAUUUACAAAUUUUUCCAGAAGCAGAAAUGGAAUUUGUGAUGCGGAAUUUGCUAAGAAGCCAGAUCUGUCAUGCAUGACUGCAACUUAGUCUUAAACGAGUACGAUACUUUUGCAUUUGAUAGCGGACUACUGCGAACUUUUUGACGCGUGUCCGAAGACGAUCGCCGAGAAACGAGCGCCGCCAGAACGGGAGCAGUCCUCAGUUACACCUGAGGUUGUGGAGGAAGUUGCUUCAUCCCUGGUGCCACCGCCAGGUGAAAGACCAGCGCCCGUUGAAGAUGUGAACAGCAGCCCCGACGAGCUGCAACCUCUCCCCGCGGCGGAGGCACAGCCGACGGAGAGCGAGCAGCGGUCCAGCCACGAUGCGCACUGCCAGCGGCUGAAAAGCGUCCGGCAGAAGUGCGAAACCAGCAUUCUCGCGUGUUACCCGGUGGAUAGGAGCAGUGGAGUAGCGGACGAGAAUAUCCGAGACUUGUCGGUGAAGCUACGGCGAAAGUUUUGCGCCCCCGUCGACUGUAUCGACCGUGCCAAAGUUCUUUCACAUAGAAUCGUAGUAGUAAAGUACUACUCAGAUAAAUUCAAUUUCAAACUGCAUGAUCAACCUCGUAUAGAGGUUGCCCAGAAACCGUCGACCUGGUCGUGCUGUGUCAGGUAAAGUGCAGAAAAACAAAAAAAGAAAAGUGUGUCAUUCAAAAAAACUACCGCGAUUUACAUUUUUACUUCACCGCGAGUAGUACUACCUCCACGUUGAAGAUGUAAUUGGACUUUUGCGUUGGAAAACCAGUUUGGUGAUUGCGGACGAGGAGAAGUACAGGCAGCAAAAAUCCAUCUUCCAGUCCAACGCCUGUCUGUUCUUCCUAUUGCUCCUAGCCUGCGCGGGUUUCUUCGUUGUGAUGCUCUUUUGCGUCGACCACGCGGACGAAAUUGCCGCCUUUCUCUUGCAGUUCGGCCUAGUGGGUUGGGCGCACUCGCUGCUGGUGAAGCGUCGGGAAGCGCGGGAGGUUCUAGGCAGGAACGGCAUGGCGGGUUCGAAUAGAGGAAGUCGAAUGAAACAAAUUUGAAAUUUUUGUAGCGUUGUGUGUAUUUUUAAUACCCGUACCCGUGGUACCGUGCACUUUUGAAAGAGAAAGACAAAUUCGCAUAACCGACGAGAAUGAUUCCUUUGUGUGACGAAUUUUUCAAGUUAUGAUAGAUUGGAGCCGCUGGUCGGUCUUGCAAAUGAAAAGAAAAAACGACCGCCAGUGUGUUGUAG